GCUGUGUUGAAGCACAAGUAAUAGCCCAUAAAACUUCUGUGAUUAUAACAGUGAUGUUAAUUUCUAGUGGAGGAUCUCAUGACUUCAUAAAAGACUAUUUGGACAUUGAGACCUUUCGGGAAGCAACAGCUGCCUCCUCAGUAAUGAUAGCUCGUGCUGCCAUGUGGAACCCAUCUAUCUUCAGAAAAGAAGGUCUUUUCCCCUUGAAGGAAGUCAUGCAAGCUUACAUCAAAUAUGCAGUGAGGUAUGAUAAUCACUAUACCAACACAAAAUACUGUUUGUGUCAGAUGUUAAGAGAACAGUUGGAAACUACUCAGGGUAAGAAGCUGCAUACUGCACAGUCCACGCAGGAGAUCUGUGAAGCCUUUGAAAUGGCUGAUUUCUAUGAAGAAACAACAGCUGUUUUCAAAGCAAAGAAAAUGUCUUUAGAAACCCAGACACAAGAUGCAGAUGACCAAGUGGACGACCCAGAUGUAAUAAAAAUGGCUGUUAGAUUUGACAAGAGAGAAUAUCCACCACAGAUUACUCCAAAAAUGUACCUUCUGGAAUGGUGUAGGAAAGAAAAGCAUCCUCAGCCUGUUUAUGAAACUGUUCAAAGACCACUGGAUAGAUUAUUCUGUUCUGUAGUCACAGUAGCUGAGCACAAAUACAGAUCAACUCUGUGGGACAAAUCAAAGAAACUAGCAGAACAGGCUGCAGCUAUUGUCUGUCUGAGAACAUUGGGUAUCCCAGAGGGAAAGCUGUGUGAGGGAGAAAAUCAUCUGGUUAACAAACGCAAGAGGGAAGACCAGGAGCGCUUGAAUAACAGAGGCCAUGGAGAAGAUCUUGCUGAGCCUUCCCAUAAAAAAGCUAAUUUUACUGAAGAAACUUCUGACAUGAAUGUGCCUAAGAUGCCACGGUAGCACGGAAAUUAGAGGUUUCAGCCCUAUGCAGCUACAGAAGAGCUCCUAUUUGUAUAUCUUGUUCACGUUUCAUUUGGAUUCUCUCAGACACAAAUUCCCCAGUUGUGAAAAAUGCCAAUGAGAUGUUUACUGCUCACUACUCACUGUCCCUGUGGUGCCUUUCAGACAGGAUAAAUUAGAAGUUUGAUUUUUGAAUAACAUUGAGAAGUUUAUCUCAAAUAAUAAAUUUUUUUUUUAAAAUACCAGCUGUUUUCAAA